AUGUCGGUCACGAAGUCCUCACCGACUGAGGCUUUUCCCGGUGCCGUUAUUGCCAGCGCUGUUUCGAAAGCUUCCUCACAGCUAACACAAUUGACGCAAAAGCUCGGUAGAAGAGUAAAUGGCAAGAACUGGCAUGAACCGAAGAAAGCCUUCCGUCCCACUGCAGGCCAGACCAGCUAUGCCAAACGCAAAGAGCAAGAGAAGGUCGCACAGGUCGCGAAGGCCCGCGAACAGGAGAUGAAAGAAGAGAAAGAGGCAGAGCGGAGCCGACGUAUUCAGGCCAUCCGAGAUCGCAGAAAAGCCAAAGAAGAGAAGGAACGCUACGAAAAGAUGGCUGAGAAAAUGCACAAGAAGCUGGUGGAGAGAAGGAAGCGGAGAGAGAAGAGGAAUAAAUUGUUGAAGAGUUGA